GUAGAGAGUACACCAUCCCCUCCCCUCUACGUAGAUUUCUGGCUGAAACUGUGGAUUUCUUCCUUCUCUUCUGUGUAAAGGCAACCAUAGUGUUGUGGAUCAUGCAUCUCAGUGGAAUGAAAGAUAUUUCCAAAUUCAUGAUGCAGUUUAUUGUGGAAGAGAUUGAUGAGACCACAUCAUUGGAGGACCUGCAGAAGAUGAUGGUUGUGGCUUUAGCAUACAGAGUCCUAGUGUGCGUCUAUGAAAUCGUCUGUAUUUGGGGAGCUGGAGGUGCCACUCCUGGAAAGUUCUUGCUGGGUCUUCGAGUCGUCACAUGUGACACGACAGUCCUAGUGCAGCCUAAUCGGGUUUUGGUAGCACCGGCAUCCAAUGUCAGCUUAUCUGCGUCCACAGUACGGGCCUUAAACAAAAACUUCUCCAUCGCCUUCCUUUUCCCUAUCUUUAUCACGCUACUCUUUUUCCAACACAACAGAACUGUUUAUGACGUUGUGGCUGGAACCAUCGUGGUUCGGAGGAGAAGAGCCAGAUGACAGGUCUGUUUGUGUCAAAGUCAUGUGAAAACGGCCCCUGUCAAACAUCAAAUGCUUACAGAUGUUCUCAGUAUUAUAUUUUAAUAUAUCAUAAUAGUAUGUACUGCAGAUUUGCACUAAUGAUCCCUGUAUCAAAGUCUAAUCACAAAGCUAUUGUUUACAAUGCUGAGAAAUAUCUGCUUUCUUAGAGAAGUUACUGAUCUUGCAACAAACAGUUUUUCAUGUUGAAGAAUGAUGAGUGAUAUUAAGCUCAAGACACAUGUUUUAUGUAGACAUGCUCGGAAAUUUCAUCCGAGUGGAAUGUUUUACUCUAAACACCAGCUUAAUCCACAAGGUUUUCAUAACUUCUCCCCAGAUUCGAGCUUUAUGGCCCAGACGAGUCUGUUAUUAAUCUUACCAAAGGCAAGGAAUUGAGCUCGUGUCCUUCCACACAUGCAUGCAGCUGUCCGGAAUGUUCCAUUCCUGUUGUAAAUUCAGUCGGUGGCUGAUAUGCCUCACAACAUUUCUCAGGGUUUCUUAAAAACCUGUUUUAUUUGUCAUGUGUUUCAGUUAUGAUGAUCUUUUAUAUGUAAAGAAUUAAGUAUUACAUUUUGAAAUUCACAUUAUCUGCCCUACAGUAUUCGGCAUGCCAAACACAUCA